AUCUCAAAAGAGUGUACAGAUUUGAAUUCCCACUUCCUGUCCGUUUCCCAAUGUGUUUGUUGGAUGAGUUCAAGUUCAGUAGAGUCCACGGCAUCAUCGUCUUCGUUCGUGGCUUCUGCAACUGCUUCUCGCUCAACUAGGACUGCGGCGGCAUCCUUCUUCCUAUCGCUGGCCACCGAAGCCCUGUUCUGUGUGGGAAGCGGAGUCUUCGGCGUGAUGAGCAUCCUCCAGCGGGGUGGAAUCGGCAACCUGGUGAAGUACGUUGGCCUGACGACGGUCACCGCCGGGACAUUGCUGUUGCUGCUGGAAAACCGGGAACGGCGAAAACGAACCUAUAGCGAGCGGUCGGUGGUCAUUGUCACCGGGUGUGACUCUGGAUUGGGGUUCAACAUUGCCCAAAUGUGCCACCGUAUGGGAUUUGUCGUUUUUGCCGGAUGUUUACGAGCCGACUCGGAAGGGGCCAGGCUCCUGCAGGAGAUUGAUGGCAAAGCUGGUAGGUUGAUUAUACUUGAGGAGCUGGACAUAACGCUCGAGGAAAGAAUCAUGUGCGCCCGGAAGAAGGUGAAAGACUUUCUGAAGACGAAACCAGAUUGUGAACUAUUUGCCCUGAUCAACAAUGCCGGAGUUAUGUGCUUCGGUGAGUUCGAGUGGCAACUGGAGCGACACUUGGAACAGCAGAUCAACGUAAAUCUGCUGGGAACGAUGAAGAUGACGAAGGCCUUCCUGCCGCUGUUGAGGCAACAUCGUGGUCGGGUGAUCAACGUGACGAGUCACUGUUCCCUGCAAGCCCUUCCGGGACUCUCGGUCUACUCCGCAUCCAAAGCGGCUCUUCGUUAUUGGACCGAAGGCUUGCGGCUGGAGAUGUCUAGCUACGGGGUACCGGUGGUGAACUUUAUUCCCGGAUCGUUGGUCAUGCAGAGUAACAUCUGUGCCAACCAGCAGCACUAUGCCGAGCAGAUGCGAUCGGGAUUCAGCGAGGAACAGGCCGAAUUCUACGGCAGCUACUUCGAUGAGUACAAUGCCUAUUUGAGAGUCAUUUCCGGAGCGAAACCGGUUCAGAGUCUAGCAGGGAAUCAUCCGGUUUUGAGAUGCUUCGAAGAUGCUUUACUGGAUGCCAAACCGAAACCCCUGUACAAGUGUGAACCUUGGCGUUACAGGAUGUACCAUUUCCUAUUUCGGAUCAUGCCCACAACUGUCAGCGAUUGGCUGGUGAGGAGAUUCGUAUCCAUGCCAGAAUACAGGACACCGGAAGCACGGCAAGGCCGUGGAAUUAUCGCCAGUUUGUGAUCCAAAUUUAAUGUAUUCCCCCUCCGUUAUCUAAAUAAUCAUUGCAAUACAGAUAUCCUAGUGGAACGAACUUUCUCAAAUUUCCUUAUUUUUGUGAAAAUCAAAAUGGUUGGCUUUUUAAAGAGUGUCCUCCUUGAUUUUAUUUUAUGCCUUUUUUCUGUUAUUUAUUUCACAGAAAUAAAUAAGUUGUACCUUCCCAA